UGAAAACGAAAAGUGUCCGCCAAAAACAUACAAAAAAAAAAACAACCAAAGGGCGGGCUUCUCUUUUUUCCUCAGCAUUGUAUAUAUGUUUCAGCAAUUUAAGAAUAUAUUACCAAACACGCCUAUCAACAUUCGUUCUUUAAGCGAGUCUGUAGGUAUCAAUGAUACAGAAUGGAGUCGAAAUUUUGAAAGAAUAGGGCAGCUUCGAAAUGAUUUUCAGAGCCUCAACUCAUUCUUUCAGUCGAGGCCAGGUUCAAGCCAAUCACAUAGCCCUGAACCUCAACAAAUGGAUGACAUGCCCAUGUUAAAGCAACUAAAGUCUACAGAAAAGCUGCUCAACAAACUAUCUCAAAAAGUCGAGGAUGUUCAUGACGCAGACAUUGCCAAUUUUGAAAAAUCAAAAGUAGCAGAUUCUUUGUUACGGCAAUUACAUACCAGCAGUAUUCAACAUUAUGAGGUUUAUAACUUGAUAGAAAAUUCUGAUAAGGUGUUCGAGAAUAUGCUACAUGACAUUGAUUCUGUACAAUCGACAGCAGUAAAUUUAAUGAAUGUAUUACCAGAACUUGAAAAGCAAAUCGAUGAAGUAUCUAUUACUCAUAAUCAAAGAGAAUUUGAAAUAUGGAAACAAAACCAGGAGCAACAAUUGCAGGCUGAGAUACAGGCAAAACAUCAAAUUAUACAUGAGAAAGAAGUGGUACUACAACAAAAAUAUGAGGAAUUUGAUAAGCUACAACGCCAGAAAAAACUUGAGGUAUACGAAGCAACGUUUAACGCACAGUUAGAAGAUUUUAGAAGAAGAAAAGAAUCAGAAGUAUCAUCAAUAUAUUCACAACAAAAUGGUAGCAGCCUGAAUCUGGACAGCGCCAGCUUGAUAACAGCAUUAAAUCAAUUGCGUUUGAAUGAUCAGGACAACGAUCUGGAUACGUUCCUAGGCGAUGCCACCAGCUCAACAAGCGUUGCAAACAUUGACACAGCUCAAACUGAAGAGAGUUUUUCUGCAUCCAAUCAGAUUGAAAAGAGUAAAGGUGCUUCUGAUACAAGUGACGAGGACGAAGACGAUGGAAAUGGUACACAAGUUGAAGUUUUAGAAGACGAAGAUUAUGUCGACUUUUAGACCGUAGAAAUUGAAAAAAUGGUUCUGUACGUUCUGCAGAACUUAUACCCAGCAUCCGCUUUCUGUAAGGUUGUGUUUUAGUUAUAGAAUGAAGUAGUCUACAUUUAUCUGGAGGCUUGAGUCAAAAUAACAAACACAUCAUUAUGGUCAAGUAUAUUGAUUAGCAUAUUGUUGUAUCGCCUUUUGAACUGGACGUUUAUAUACCUUGCAUCAGAGUUAUAAGAAGCAGUAUUGAAUAUUUCUACAAAUAUUCGAAAAACUAGGAUGCUCGUAACUUCCGGGGUUUGCUUUAAGGCUAAAUAACAAAUCCUUUUUACCAAUAAAUUAUGGUAUAUAUCCUUACUGACAUCUAUAUGAAUAUCUUAAGAACCAUAUGGAACGCGCAUUCGCCCUUCUGUUUUGUAAAAUUUAACAAAUGCGCUUGCUGCUAACUUCAAAAAAUACCGAAC